GCUCAACCGUUCGAUCGAUUAGGAUAAUAUACUGACACGUGUAUGACGUCUACGAUGUCUUUCUGUAGACCGUCACGUACUGUUAAAUUAUUCUCGCGAAAUGACCCGAAAUCUCAUGAAUAUGAAUCAGCUGAUCUUAAAAGCACUUUCGUUCGAAACCGUCUUGUUCUGUUAAUUUUUUUGACACAGACAAAGCUCAGCUUCUCGUUCCUGAUAGAGUCAAUCUAUGAAUAUAUGGCUUCAAAGCUGUCAACGUCUUUCUUGAGUCCGUUCUUCGUCAGCUUCAGCUCAAAUAACAGUGAUAGUAUCAGUAAAGAGCACUCCAAUGUUGGCUUGUUUCUCUCUUUGCAUCGAUUCUCUCCCGCUUCUUGUAAAAUGCGACGCCGGAAUUUCAGUUCGCAGCAAAAGAGACAACACGUGAAGAAAAGCUCCCCUCAGCAGCCUCCACUGGUUGCAGAUUCUGUGCCAAGUGUUGACGUUGACGGUGACGGUGACUCUGAAUCUGAAAAUGAUUUGACGGAUACUGACGUAAGCUUAAAUCAAGAAAUUGUAGAAGAUGUUGUGAACAAUCAUGUAGCUGUGGAAGAUGUGAAUGAAAAAGACUUGGAAACUGUUUUAAAUGGAGAAGGUGAAGACCAGCUAUCAAGUUCUCAACUUCAUUAUCUGAUGAACAUGAUAAGAAAUGCAGAGAAAAAUGUCCUUCUUCUCAACCAAGCACGGGUUCAAGCUCUUGAAGAGCUUCAAAAGAUUCUUGGUGAGAAGGAGUCUUUGCAAGGAGAAAUUAAUGUUUUGGAGAUGAGAUUGGCUGAAACUGAUGCGCGGAUUAAAGUUGCUGCCCUGGAGAAGAUACAUGCAGAACUCUUGGAAGAUCAGUUGCAGAAGCUACGGAAUGAACUGGCUCUCAGUGGUGCUUCCGAAAAUAGUGAGCUAGACAUCCACAAAAGUCAAAACAAUGUACUGAAUAAUAGUAGUAUUCAUUCUCUUAGCCAGGAGCUUUAUUUUUUGAGGACGGAGAAUCUGUCCUUGAAGGAGGAUAUAGAAAAACUGAAAACGGAGAUAAACAAUGUCAAGAACACAGAUGAGCGUGUGGAAAUGCUGGAAAAAGAAUGCUCUUGCUUGCAGUCAUCUUUGAAAGAAUUAGAAUCUAAAUUGUCAAUAUCUCAAGAAGAUGUUUCAAAACUUUCAAUUCUGAAAAUUGAAUGUGGGGACUUAUAUAAGAAGGUAGAGAAUCUGCAGGGGUUGCUGGAUAAGUCAACUAAACAGGUGGAUCAAGCUAUUUUAAUGCUGCAGCAAAACCUGGAGCUGCAAAAGAAGGUUGAUAAGUUGGAAGAAUCUCUUGAUGAAGCUAGUGUCUACAAGUUAUCAUCUGAAAAAAUGCAGCAAUACAAUGAGCUAAUGCAACAAAAGAUAAGUCUGUUGGCAGAGUGUCUUCAAAGGUCUGAUGAAGAGAUACAUUCAUAUGUUCAAUUAUAUCAAGAAUCUGUGAAGGAAUUUCAAGACACCCUUGAUAGUUUGAAAGAAGAAAGCAAGAAAAGGUUACUAGAUGAACCUGUGAAUGAUAUGCCUUGGGAAUUUUGGAGUCGUUUAUUGCUUAUGAUUGAUGGUUGGUUUCUUGAGAAGAAAUUAUCAAACAACGAAGCAAAGCUUUUGAGAGAAAUGGUGUGGAAGAGAGAUAGACGUAUUCAUGAUGCAUGCAUGGCAAGCAAGGAGAAAAAUGAACAUGAAGCUGUUUCUACAUUUCUCAGACUGACAUCAUCAACAACAAGUUCAGGGUUGCAUAUCAUUCAAAUUGCAGCAGAGAUGGCACCAGUAGCUAAGGUUGGUGGUUUGGGGGAUGUUGUUACUGGUCUUGGUAAAGCUCUGCAGAAGAGAGGAAACCUAGUGGAGAUUGUUCUUCCAAAGUAUGAUUGCAUGCAAUAUGAUCAUAUUGACAACAUGAGGGCCUUAGAUGCGGUGGUAGAGUCAUACUUUGAUGGAAGACUAUUUAAAAGCAAAAUAUGGGUUGGCACAGUUGAAGGUCUCCCUGUUUAUUUUGUUGAGCCUCUUCAUCCUGAUAAAUUCUUUUGGAGAGGACAAUUUUAUGGGGAGCAUGAUGAUUUCAAGCGUUUUUCAUUUUUUAGCCGUGCAGCACUUGAGUUACUCCUUCAAGCUGGCAAAAAACCAGACAUUAUCCAUUGCCAUGAUUGGCAGACAGCUUUUGUUGCACCUCUCUAUUGGGAUUUAUAUGCCCCAAAAGGAAUGAAUUCAGCUAGAGUAUGUUUUACUUGCCACAACUUUGACUACCAAGGGACUGCACCUGCUUCAGCAUUGGCUUCUUGUGGUCUUGAUGUCCAGCAGCUAAACAGACUGGACAGAAUGCAGGACAAUUCAUCGCAUGAUAGGGUCAAUCCUAUUAAAGGUGCAGUUGUGUUCUCUAAUAUUGUGACAACAGUAUCACCCACCUAUGCACAGGAAGUGCGUACAGCCGAGGGUGGACGAGGCCUCCAUUCGACCCUUAAUUUCCACUCUAAAAAGUUUGUUGGGAUUCUAAAUGGAAUUGACUCUGAUGCAUGGAAUCCUGCCACUGAUAAAACCCUCAAAGUGCAUUACGACGCUAAAAACCUUCAAGGGAAAGCAGAAAAUAAAUUGGCGUUAAGAAGGCAUCUUGGACUUUCAUCUGCUAAUGCAAGGCAACCUCUGGUUGGAUGCAUAACAAGAUUAGUGCCACAGAAAGGUGUGCAUCUUAUUAGACAUGCAAUUUAUCGAACAAUGGAACUGGGAGGACAGUUUGUACUCCUUGGUGCAAGCCCAGUGCCACAUAUCCAGAGUGAGUUCGAGGGUAUUGCCAACCAGUUUCAGAAUCAUGAUCACAUUCGGCUGAUAUUGAAGUAUGAUGAGUCUCUUUCCCAUUCCAUUUAUGCUGCGUCAGACAUGUUCAUAAUCCCAUCUGUCUUCGAGCCUUGUGGCCUUACACAGAUGAUAGCAAUGAGAUAUGGUUCUGUACCCAUUACAAGAAAAACUGGUGGUCUAAAUGACAGUGUAUUUGAUGUUGAUGAUGACACAAUACCCUUCCGGUAUCAAAAUGGAUACACAUUUCUGAAUCCUGAUGAACAGGGAGUAAACAGUGCAUUAGAACGUGCAUUCAACCACUACAGAAACAACCCUAAGAGUUGGCAUCAGCUCGUAUACAAAAUCAUGAAUAUGGAUUGGAGUUGGGAAACUUCAGCAUUACAAUAUGAGGGUCUUUAUGCAAAAUCUGUGGCCAGAGCAAGGUCCUCGGCAAGUCGAUCUCAAGCCUAGUUUGGUUGCUCCUUCCCCCUUUAUUUUUUCUUAACGGCCUUCCCAUGAAAGUCUGCUCAUGUAUCAUUGCUCGAUUGGUUAUCAUAUAGAAAGGUGAAGUUGUAAGUUGUGUCAAAUUUUCUUCGGGAAUACUCCAGUUUGCGGUUUGGUAAAGAGGUAAACCUGCUGCAUUGCAGGUUUGAUAUUCCCUCAACCUAACUACGAAAAUCACACUACUCAUUUUUUCAUCUGCUGAACGUUUCUGUCAUAGUUGACCUCGUUUGUAAAUUCAGGGACUGCGGUUUUAGCUUUAUACUAUACAAGAUUGAUCAAUGUAAAAACUAUGUACAGCUUACAAAUGAUGUAUGUAAUUUAAGAGUCUUGCAAUAUAAACAUUGUGAUUUAAGACA